UCUUCAUCACCUGUUCCUCUGCAUUGGUGCCUCUGCAGUAUUCUGCAACAUUGACUUGCACGUGUGUUAUGAGGUAUUUUGCACCUGAGUGGGUCACAUGCAACAGACUUUGAGCAGAAAGCCUUCUUCUGUAGUGACCCAUGUGUUGGAGACUCCUGUUCCUGUGCAAACCCUCACGAGCAACAGAGGAAUGAAUGUGGAGAGGAGCCCUGGAAACAAGGUAUGGACAGGGCCUCCUCAGUGAGUAGGUCCAAUUUCUUAUCGUUGGUGCCUUCCCUCAGCGGGAAGGUUGGGAAAGACUUGCUGUACAACUCAGAGCUACUCCGGCACCAGGCCACUCUCAACACUGAGGAGCUACCCUGUGGCAGUGAGAUUUCACAGCAAUUUCUUCAUGGAAAUAGUCACCACCAGUGGGGUGAAUGUGAAAAUGCUGCUAAACACAACCUGAAAGUUGUUCAACAUCAGGGUGUAUUUUCUGGAGAACUGAUUUAUGAGUGUAACAAAUGUAGGAAAGUGUUUAGACAAAACUUGAAUGUCAUUCGACAUAGGAGAGUUCACACUGGAGAAAAGCAGUAUGAAUGUAGUGAAUGUGGGAAGUUCUUCAGAGAAAGACGUGCACUCAUUAGACACCAGAGAGUUCACACUACAGAGAAGCCAUAUGAGUGUAUGGAACGUGGGAAGUCUUUUAGCCAAAAAUCCAACUUUACAAAGCACCUGAGAGUUCACAGUGGCGACAAGCGAUAUGAAUGCUCUGAUUGUGGAAAGUCCUUCAAUGUUAACUAUACCCUCAAAGUACACCAGAGAGUUCACACUGGAGAAAAGCCCUAUAAGUGUACAGAAUGUGGGGUGUCAUUUCGUGUAAGGUCUCACCUCACUAGACAUCUCAGAGUUCACACUGGAGAGAAGCCAUAUGAAUGUACGGAAUGUGGGAAGUUUUUUAGCCAAAAAUCCAACUUUACAAAGCACCUGAGAGUUCACAGUAAUGACAAGCCAUAUGAGUGCUGUGAUUGUGGGAAGUCCUUCAAUGAUAAGUAUUAUUUCAAAGUACACCAGAGAAUUCACACUGGAGAAAAGCCCUAUAAGUGUACAGAAUGUGGGGUGUCAUUUCGUAUAAGGUCUAACCUCACUAGUCAUCUCAAAGUUCACACUGGAGAGAAGCCAUAUGAAUGUACUGAAUGUGGGAAGUCUUUUAGCCAAAAAUCUUGCCUUAUUAGGCACCUGAGAGUUCACAGUGAUGAAAAGGCAUAUGAGUGCUGUGAUUGUGGGAAGUCCUUCAAUGAUCAGUCUUAUCUCAAAGUACACCAGAGAGUUCACACUGGAGAAAAGCCCUAUAAGUGUACAGAAUGUGGGGUGUCAUUUCGUGUAAGGUGUACCCUCACUAGACAUCUCAGAGUUCACACUAGAAAGAAGCCAUAUGAAUGUACUGAAUGUGGGAAGUCGUUUAUCAAAAAAGUUUACCUUAUUAGACACCUGAGAGUUCACAGUGACGACAAGCCAUAUUAGUGCUGUGAUUGUGGAAAGUCCUUCAGUAAGAAGUCUAUCCUCAAAGAACACCAGAGAAGUUCACACUGAAGAAAAGCCCUAAAGAUAUAGAGCAGAGGUUCUCAAACUACGGCCCGUGGGCCACAUGCAGCCCGCCGAAAACAUUUAUCCGGCCUGCCGGGUGUUUUGCCGCCGCUGCCUUUCCUGCUUAGCAGCUGACUCGUCCCGGGCCCACAGUGCACGUGUGUGGAAUGUCUGAGGGACAGUGAACGGGCCCCCUGUUUAAAAAGUUUGAGGACCCCUGAUAUAA